ACGCGCCCGCCCGCCCCGCUGACCCUCUAUCCUUCUCCAGAAGCCUACUACCGGCAGGGCGCCGGCGCCUACGACCGCUCCUACCCGGACGAGCCGCUAGGCGCCUACGCCGCCUCCCGCUCCGACCGCUACUGGCCGGACGAGGACGGCGGCGGGGCCGCAUACAAGGGGUUCGGCCGCUACGGCGGCGGCGGAGGCCGGAGGGACUCCGGCCGGGACCCCGGCCGGGACAUGCGGGGAUCCUACCGGCGGUCCCCGUUCAGGAGCUACGGGGGCGACUUCCCCAGGAGCCACCAGGAGCCGCCGCCGCCCCCGCCGAUGAGGAGGUCGCCUCUGCGGUCCGUCGCCGUGCCCAUCUCCUACGACCCUCCCGGCGCCCGGGCGGACCGGGAGGACAGGGAGCACCAUCCCCGGGCCACCCCCUGGCGGCCCCUGCGCCGCAGGGAGAGCAGAUCUGACGGGGCGGACGCGGCUGCUGGGCAUCUGCCUGCUGCUCACACCGCUGCGGCAAGGGCGGCGGCUUCGUCGUCAGAGAAGAACGGCGGCCCGGAGCAGUCUGCUGAGGCCGCGGCGCAGCAGAUGGCUGAGGACGAGGCGCCCAGGAAGAAGCCCCGCCUGGGGUGGGGGCAGGGCUUGGCCAAGUAUGAGAAGCGCAAGGUGCCUGGUUCCGCAGAUCUUGAUGAACCUGUUGCUCAUGGGAGCCCAGAGGACGCCAAACACAAGGAGGAUUUUGGCACACCUGCAUCUGCACCGUGUGCUGCAUCUCUGGUGGUGGCGGCAUCGGAACCAUCGUCAUUGGCACCUGCUUCUGCUCCGUGUGCUGCACCUCUGGUGGUGGCGGCACCAGAACCAUCAUCCGCACCUGCACCGUCUGCUGCAUCUCCGAUGGCAGCGCCGGCACCAACAUCACCACCUGCUUCUGCACCGUGUGCAUCUUCGGUGGCGGCACCGGCACUAUCAUCACCACCUGCUUCUGCACCGUGUGCAUCUCUGGUGGCGGCACCAGAACCAUUGUCGGCACCUGCACCGUGUGCUUCCUCUCCGGUGGCGGCACCGGCACCAUCAUCUGCACCUGCAUCUAGUUCUCCAGCCCGUGAAGAUAAAUCAUGUGAACUGACAGCAAAUAUGGCCGCAAUGUCCAGUAAAGAUACCCCUGGGGCUGAAGCCCAGGCUUACAAUGAUGAAAUCCCUGUCAAGUUAUGUCAGCUUGAUGGUGAUCCCAUUGGUUCUCUUGCAAAUGUCCUUGCUGAACUACUGCAGCAUGAAGAUUCUUGCUCUGGGGAUUCUCGAAGACUGACCAACUCUAGUAAGUUAUUGCUACUGAAAGAAAACAUUGCCAAGGAGCUCGAAAAGACUGAACUUGAGAUUGAUUCAUUGGAAUGCGAUCUUAAAUUAGUGACUACUGAAUCUGAAAAUAGGGCUCUUGAAAAUGCACAAAAUCCUUCACCUUCUAGUGGGACGCCAAAGGUUCCAGUCAAGCCUGAGACGUGUGAAACAUCAUCUCCUGUGAAAGAACAAGGCGAGCUCUCUCCUUGCAAGAUCCCCAUGGAAGUUGAGACUGCUCCUGUUCACAAUGUAAUAGCAGUCUCUCCAGAAGGGAGUGUUGCUUGUCCUGGAUUUGCUGUAGCCCAGCUCGCUUCAGCUGCUGAUGUUGCCCCGUUGAAACCUUCUGAAGGAACUGAAUCUCCUCGCAUUGAUGCUGGCAGCCAGAGGCAGGAUCCUAGUCCAUGCCAUGAUGGUUUUAAUUCCCUCAAAGCAGACGGUGGCAAUGACUUAUCAGUCAGGCCUUGCUCUCACCAUUUUGACAGCAAUAAUUUAAUCCCUUCAAUUAUUGCUGCGAACAAUGAAAUAGCCAGAGAAUUCAACGAAUUGGUAUUCAAACCCUUGCCUGCUGAUCAGCCUUGUCUUGAUUUGUCGGCAUUGGCUCAUUUUUCAAGCCAAAGGAAGAAUGACCUGAGUGUAAGGAAGAAGCUUGCCAUACGCAAAACUGAACUAAGAUUCAAAGAGCAAACACUCACCUUUAAAUUCAAGGUGUUGAGGCACCUGUGGAAAGAGGAUGUGCGUCUCCUUACUGUAAGAAAGCAGCGUCCAAAGUCUAGCAAGCGCACUGAUCAGAGCAACCGUGCAUCACACAGUGGAUCUCAGAGGCAGCGCUCCUCUAAUCGCUCUCGAUUGGGCAUGCCUGCUGUUAAUUUAAGCACGUUUCCUACCACGGAAAUAUCAGAUGUUGCAAACAAGAUGUUUACUGAAUUUCAAUUCAAGCGCUGCAGAAAUUUCUUGAAAAUGCCAGCACUAAUUAUAGAUGAGAAAGAGAAGAGGAGUACUAAGUUUGUCAGCAAGAAUGGCUUGAUUGAAGAUCCUGUUUUAGUUGAGAAGGAGCGGGCUGUGAUUAAUCCAUGGACUCAUGAAGAGAAGGAAGUUUUCAUGCAGAUGCUUGCUUCAUUUGGCAAGGAUUUCUCCAAAAUCUCAAGUUUCCUUCAGCACAAGACAACUGCUGAUUGUGUUGAGUUCUACUACAAGCACCAUAAAUCUGACAGUUUCCGAGAAGUUAAGAAACUUCUGGAUCGUCGCCAGCAACAGCCCACCAGCAAUUACCUAGGAACCAAAUCUGGGAAGAAAUGGAAUCCUGAGGGAAAUGCUGCAUCUCUUGAUAUGCUUGGGGUUGCAUCAGUCGUGGCAGCCCAUGGUCUUGAUUAUGCAAACAGAGUGGAGGGAUUUCCUCCGAAAUCUAUACUUCGAACUUCUUGUAAGCCUGAUGUUUCGGUUGUGGCCAAAGGUUCUUUGGAAAAGGAUUUUGUUGCUAAUGCAUCUUUGCAUGAGAGAGAAUCUGUAGCUGCUGAUGUCUUGGCAGGUAUAUGUGGCACUCUCUCCCCUGAAGGAAUGGGCUCAUGCAUAACCAGUUCUGCUGAUCCUGGCCAAAAGAUUGGCGUCACAAGAAUGGAUUAUCUUUUAGUGCCAGGAGUAGUCAAAAGCUUUGAUGAGGAAGGCACUCUCUCAGAUCAGGAAUGUGAAGUUGACCCAGUUGAUUGGAACGAUGAUGAGAAGUUGACUUUCAUUGAGGCUAUGAAUAACUAUGGGAAGGAUUUCGCUCAGAUCUCCUCAUAUGUGAAAAGCAAGUCGUAUGAGCAAUGCAAAGUAUUUUUCAGCAAAGCUCGCAUAUCACUUGGUUUGGAUAUGAUCCAUCAACGGACCACAGAUGCUGGUUUGCUGACAAGUGAUACCAAUGGAGGAAGGAGUGAUACUGAUGAGGCAUGUGCUGCUGAGAUGGAUUCAGCUUUUUGUAGUAGACAGUCCUCUCUGAAAGCGGAGAUGGAUGUAUGCCCUGCUGCUGAUCGAACUAUUCAGGGGCAUACUCUUUCUGAUAUUACCUUUAAACAGCCAAAAACUGACACAUCAGAUGGGCCUGAUGGUGUUGACAUAAAAUUAGAGGAAGGUGAGAUCAAAGCAUACGAUAAAAAUUGUAACACUGGUGUUGAUCAUAGACAGUUGAGUGAGGCCACUCAUCAGUCAUCACCAUCAUCUGCUCAUAUCGACAUCAAUUCUUCUCAGAACACAGAGAGUAUUGAAAUCACAGAGCACAGUAGCCAAGUGAGUGUGCAUGAGAAUGAUGCCAUCACCUCUCCAAGGGAACAGCCUGUGGGGGCACACCUGGAAAUCAGGUCCAGUCAACAUAAUAUUGAAGUUAUCCCGGCGAGCAAGGUGUCUGAGAGGAUUUGCACUCAGGUAUCCAGUAUGGAGGGGCCUUCGCACCAUGCAUCUGAUAGUGCGCUCAUGAAGGCUGGAAAUUUGACUUCCUCUGUUUGCUUACCUGGAGUUACGCAGUCGGGCAAGGCGUCUGAAGUGAUCUGCACUGAGGUAUCCAGCAUAGAAGGACCUCCACACCAUGCACCUGAGAGAAAUUCAACGCCCUCUGUGUGCUUAUCCGCAGAUCGUGGCAGAAAGGAAAAUGUUGUCCACUUCUCGGACAUGGCUGGUGUUUCCUGUAAUAGGCCUUCAUUUACUUCAAGUUAUCAGCAAAUUGUGCCAACAGACCCUCUCCCACCAAAGCCAAAACCACAGGUUACUCCUCUUACCCCAAAGGAUUUAAUGCCUGUUCAGUUCUGUUCCGACCUCCCUGAUCCUACAUCAAUUCGUUUUGAGGGCAUAGCCUCCAUAACUUCACCCAGUUUUGGGCAUCAUGCCAACGGAGUCAUCAGUACUUCAGGGCCCAAGGACAUGGACAAGUUCCCAGUAUUUAAUGAACAAUCACGAAAUCAGCAUGAUGCUCUUUUUCGCAAUAUUGAUGGAUACAUGCAACACCGACGGGAUCAUUGUCUGGCAGCUGAUGUACCUUCUUUUUCUGAAAGUACAGCAAGUGGUACUGGGGGAGUUUCUCAUUCGGAUCAGUUCACAUUAAACAAAUACCAGAAUGGCAGGUCUGGCUGCUCAGGACUCUCGAACACGUCCACCGGUUUUCUGCUGACCGGGCACAGUGAAGAAUUACGGCAAGGCCAGUUGAAGCCUUGCUCCCAAAAUGCAAGCACCGAGAGUCAUGAUCAGGUAAAGCGCCCUGGCGACGUCAAGUUAUUUGGUAAAAUUCUCAGUCAUCAAUCAUCACUGCAAAGUUCUGGCUCGUCAUCGAACGGAAGCAAAAGCAAGCCUCCCUCACCAAAGAUAGACAAACAAGCAGCUGCUAUAUUUUUGAACAAUUCAAGGGAUCGCAUGGUUUAUUCAUCUAGGUCCACAAACGCUGCUCACCUGGGGCAGGACGAGCGAGUGGUGAGGAGCUAUAACUUUGAUGGGAGCACAGAGUCUGAGUCUGUGUUCAGGGUGGCAAAGUCUCAGAGAUCAUUAGCCAGUGUGCCAUUUUACUCGGCUAAAAAUGGCACACUUGGUGUGUUUGCAGAAUAUCAGCAGCCUUUAAUGCAGCAGCUUCCGUCGGAUCCGAAACGGCUGGAAAGCUUUGCUGAUCUUCAGAAGAGGAAUGGGAUAGAGCUGAUUUCAGGGUUCCAGCAACCCGGGAAAGCCACGCGGCUUGGGGGUGCUGGAAUCCUCGUUAGCGCAGUAUCUGACCCGGUGGCUGUCCUCAAGGCGCAGUAUGGUGCUGGCUCGAAGAUUUUGGGCAACGAAGCGGACCCCUGGAAAGACAUAGGAAACAGGUAGCAUCACUAGUAUUAGUGGCAAAUAGUGCAUGGUUUCUUGCUCUGUACCAUAUUUAGUUUUUGUAACUUGGAUGGAAUUAAAACAAAGGGAAAGCGAAUGGCUUUCCUGUCCAUAUCGUCGUUAGGGCUUUGCGGUAGCUGUUGGUCAUGUUUUGUCCUGGCAUUAACUUUUUGCACCUUUUCUGCAGCUCCAUACUUAUGUUAGUUUUGCCUGUCCGCAGUGCUGUAGGUUUGCUAGAGGCGACAAGAUGUUUGUCGGUAGGGCUUUAUCAUUGUUAUCCAGUUUUAUGCAGAAACCUCACAUAUCAUCAGUGUAAUAUGGUAAUGUUAGCGCUUAACUCAGCUUCCUCCUGUGCUGGAGUUUUGGUUAAA